UGUGAGGGAGGAGGGGGAAGAUGGCGGCGGGCCGGGGGCUGCUAGCGGCCGGGCUGUUCCGCGGGAAGGUGGCCAUUGUCACCGGCGGCGGCACCGGCAUCGGCAAGGCGAUCUCUGCUGACUUACUGUCGCUAGGUUGCAGUGUUGUUAUUGCCUCUCGUAAAUUUGACCGAUUAAAGGCUGCAGCAGAAGAGUUGAACAAUACAUUUUCUUCCAUGGGUCCUGCCAAAGUGACUCCCAUACAAUGCAAUAUCCGCAAAGAAGAUGAGGUAGAAGCUUUAGUAAAGUCUACACUGAGUCUGCAUGGGAAGGUUGACUUCCUGGUGAAUAAUGGAGGGGGCCAAUUCCCAAGUCUUUCUGAAGCCAUCAGUGCAAAAGGCUGGAAUGCUGUAAUAGACACGAAUCUGACAGGGACUUUCUACUGCUGCAAAGCAGUGUACAAUGCCUGGAUGCAGAAACAUGGAGGAGUCAUUGUCAACAUUACUGCUACUGUGAGAAAUGGGUUUCCUGGAAUGUCGCAUACGGCAGCUGCAAGAGCUGCAGUGAAUAACCUGACCAAGACUUUAGCUUUAGAAUGGGCCCACAGUGGAGUAAGAAUCAACAGCAUUGCUCCUGGAACAGUAUUUUCAGAAACUGCUGUUGCAAACUAUGGAGAACAAGGUGCAAUGAUGUGGUUAAACAGCAUACCAAAGAUUCCUGCCAAGAGGUCAGCAGUUCCUGAGGAGAUCUCACCUGCAGUGUGUUUCCUGCUGUCUCCAGCUGCUUCUUACAUAACGGGGAUAACCCUGGCUGUGGAUGGUGGCCAGAGUUUAUAUAGCCAUUUCCUAGAAAUACCUGAUCAUGACAGAUGGCCCUCACCACCAGAAGGAAAAAAUUCUGAAAUGCUUAAACAGCUUCUUUCUGGAAAGUUCAAGCCAAAGCUGUAAAAGAAUGAGAUUUCAUCUUAUUCCCAGUUGCACACUUGCUGAUAAUCUUGCUUUGUGAUUUGGGCUUAUUGUUCUUAGUAAUAUAUAUUUUUUGCUCAUAUGUAACUACAUUGUGUGCCUUGAUUUUUGUUCGUUUAUAUUUAAAACUUGGAAGGCUGUAUGUAGUUGCUUUCAGUGAAACACUCGCUGCCCUGAAAACAUUUGGUCUCCUGGUAAGGGAACGUAUAAAAGACAAAUUCUCCAUUAGCACAAGCAUUAAGUAAUUAAGAAUCUCAGGCAGAAGUGAAUUUAAAAAUACUUCUUUUGAAGUGAGUUGUGUGGAGAGGGAAUGUUACAGAAACCUAUUCUGCAUGAGUUUGAGGAGAAGGUAAUUUAAGUCUCUGUUGCUAGUUACAUCAGUAUCCCUUGAGGUGGCUGUUAGCUCUGCACUGUUUCUGUUCAGCCACACAGAGUGUGCAGCCAUGAUUUUAAAGACUAGAUAGAUAAAUUAUUUAUCUGAAAAGAAUUAAAAAUAAGGCAGAAUACUGCUAUUAAUGUUUCAAACUAAUAUGGUGUAUUAUAUUUGGAAUGUUUUGAAUUGUUUGCAAAUAAUGUAAUGGAAUUAAGCUGGCUGCAACUCAAGUUUGACAAUAGAAUAAACAGAUAAUAAACUUAAGCUGUAACAUGUAGUGGUGGAAAACAGAAUGGAUUCAACAAUUCAACCUGCAAAAUAUUUUAAGUAAAAGUUAAUGUGUAUAUUGCAGUGUUUUCUGCAGUCUGCUGUAGUGUUAAAGGAGAAAAUUGAAAUCCUUAAUUUAUCAUUUUCUGUCUCCACUGUGUUGUCUUGCAAAGUUAACACGGUUUUGUUCAUCAUUGUCUCUAAAACUGGUGUAAUAUUUGUUGUCAAUGCAAAGAUGCCAUUUAAAAAACAAAAAUCCUGCAAAUAUCACUCAAAGAGGCUACAUUUGUCAGUACUCACUUUUUUAAAAUUCACUUUAAGGCAAGUGUUCCCAUGUGUGAUAACUUAAUCAAAAUAUAAAAUUAAGUGAUGACUUGUGCUGUAGCAAUUGAAAUUUGAGGAAUAAAGUUGCUGCUAUACAAGUGACCUCUUUAAUGCUUCAUUUUGGGUUGAGUAUAAGAGUCUCUGCCAAUUUUUUGUUCUCUGCAAAGAUAUUUGACUUUUAUGUCUUUCAUUAAAAUCUGGGAACCU